CCCUUGAGUUAAAUGUUCUCUUUUUAGCAAAUGGAAAUGGAAUGUACUUUUCUCGAUCUUUCUCGUACUCGCUGUCGUAAUAAGCAAUCACACACCCAAACAAAAUUUAAAUGUCACUUGCCAUUUGCUUUGUAGAUCGAAAACUUUUCCCAUAAUUAUAAAACAAAUAUUCGUGUGAUUAGUUUUAAAUGUUCAUGUUGUGUAUAGUUUUCGCCAGUGUUAUUAGAGCAAAAGAUGUGUAAAAGUCUUUUCGUUUCGCGUUAUUAUCAACAUAAGAAGUUUGUUUUUAAAUGGUGUGUGGAAGUCGGAUAGAAUAGGAGGUACCCAUGUCACUCAAUUUUUAGUAUUUGUGAUUGGUCCCUGAAUAUGAACAGGAAUCUUCGCCCCAGUAGUAAAGUAGGUACUCAAGAAUUCAACUCGAACUACCGUGCAAAGCAGUACGAUGGUAAAAUAGCUGGCCUAUAUGACUUGGAGGAGACGCUCGGCAGAGGGCACUUCGCCGUAGUGAAACUCGCCCGCCAUGUCUUUACCGGAGAAAAAGUCGCUGUGAAGGUAAUAGACAAAAGUAAACUGGAUGAAGUUUCUAAGGCGCACCUGUUUCAAGAGGUCCGCUGUAUGAAAUUAGUCCAGCACCCGAACGUCGUUCGGUUGUACGAGGUCAUAGAUACAGCGACCAAACUUUAUUUAGUACUGGAGUUGGGCGAUGGGGGCGACCUCUAUGAAUAUAUCAUGCGUCAUGAGACUGGACUUCCUGAAAAAGUUGCCAAAGAGUACUUUAGUCAAAUUGUAAGGGCGAUAUCAUAUUGUCAUCAGUUGCACGUUGUACAUAGGGACCUGAAGCCUGAAAAUGUAGUAUUUUUCAAGAAACAGGGCAUUGUCAAGUUGACAGAUUUCGGUUUUAGCAAUAAGUUUUAUCCCGGUCAAAAGUUAGAAACCUCAUGUGGUAGUUUAGCCUAUUCAGCACCUGAAAUACUUUUAGGAGAUUCAUAUGAUGCACCAGCUGUCGAUGUUUGGUCGUUAGGCGUAAUUCUGUAUAUGUUAGUGUGUGGUCAUCCUCCAUUCCAAGAAGCCAAUGACUCUGAAACCCUUACAAUGAUCAUGGACUGCAAAUAUGAUAUUCCCCUGCAUGUAUCACAAAAUUGCCGGAACUUGAUAUCUAGGAUGCUGUUGAGAAAUCCAGAAAAACGGGCAACGUUGAGCGAAAUUUCGAAGCAUCCUUGGCUCAGUAGUAGUAAAACCGUAACCGUAGACUCAGUACCUUUAGUUUCUAGAGAACAACUUUCGGACGAGGACCAUAAUCUUAUUGUUCAAAAAAUAGUUAAUGGAAACGUUGCCACCAAGGAAGAAAUUCAAGAAUCUCUCGAUAAAAACGAAUACAACCAUAUAACAGCUACUUACUUUCUUCUUGCCGAGAGAAAAUUGCGAUGUAAGAGACAAGAGCAGGCAGCUAAGAACAAGAGGCCUGAAGAAUUAGCAGUAUUUCAAAACACCCAGGACGCCAAGAAAGACGCGUCGAUUAGUAUAAAGCCAAAUUUGUUGAAUGUUCCUCGCACCCCCGGAGACUUGCCACAGCGUUCUCGAAAGUGCAGUAUAGUCCAAGAAGACGAAGAAGAAGAGGACAUCUCUUCGUGCGCCGGUCGCGAAGACUUGGCCCCCACCCUCAAUCGCCGAGGCUCCCGUUCCGAAGGCCGUUUGAAUUUGACGUUGCAAGAACGGUUAGCGGAAUCCGAAAAGAGGAAGCCUAUCGAGCUGAAGUACCCAGUCAGUGCCAAAAAGUCGUCGACGACGUGUAACAAAAGCCAAAGAUCAGAUAACAAGUUGCCGUUGGGGACACUCAAAACCGUCGCCCAGCCGCAACCCCCAGUGAUAUCUAUAUUCGCAUCCGGAGAGGAGUGCAACAAGGUUGCUGAUGCCGGCUCUGGAGCGGUGAUACCAGAAGUUGACAAAAAUGGUUCCCGCCAUACAAUCGUCACCUGCAAUCCUCAAUCGUACGAGAGAAGAAGAGCUAAGUUUCAUAAAACCCGAACAGCCUCAUGCAGUUCAUCGGACGCCAGUGACGACGACAGUGAAAAACGCAAGAAACGUGCUCAAAAACUCAACACACCUUCUAAAUCUAUAGAGACAAGAAGGGACAGCCACGACGACAGUAGUGAUUCACAGGAACCUGGCACUGGAGCAGGAUCGAGCGGAUUUACGAAUUUGACUAAUAACAGUGUCAAUUUUGAAUCAAGUUCAAAUAACAAUGAAACGAAAGACAAAAAAGAAAAAAACGGAACUUGCAAUGACAAAAACGAAAGGACACACACAAAUUCUACUUUUGAACGUAAUCACAGAAUUUGCCGAAAGAAGGGGAAUAAAACACGACUGCGAGAAAGCCAGUCCCUAAAUAGAAUUACAGAAGUACAGGAGGACCCAAGUAACACUCAAACAUUGGUUGUAUCGACAACCUUGCUGAGCAUGCCGGGAUCGUUGACACCUAAGGUAAAAAGCGUAGGCGCAAAGAUAUUCAACGGUUUAAGCCGAUCGUCGAAGAAACCUCAAGAGAAAACAAAAAACUACGAUGAGAAACUGCGAAUGUCACGAAGAGAUUCUGCCGGCAGAAGCUUAGAUAGAGACAUCGAGUGCAAUAAGUUAGAAAAAUGCGGAAUUAGAAAAAUAAGGAUGCUGGGAAAGUAUUUCCACGUGCAAAAGAAAAUUUGCAUCCCGUUGGCCGGUCUCUUCAGAAGAAACGGCUUGUACAAGGCGCAAUCUUGUAGCUCAUUGACCAAAGACAGAAUCUUAACGAACCCGAAUUUACUGCAGACCAGAAGUAGACCAGUUAGCUGUAUCAAAAGUGACGGUGACAUUAAUCAAAACGAACCACUCAAACCUUUUCCAGAAUCAAACAAGAAUGUCCUUGAUAGUGUCUGUAGCGAACUCAAGGACAUAUGCACGGUUCACGUGCAUAUCGGACAAGCGUCUAAGUGUAGUUUUUGUUGAAGCGUCCCAAAUGGUUACCAAAGCUGUAUUGGGUGUUUUUCUGUGUGAAAACUGUUACUAAAAACGUCUGUUGAUCAUCAAAGAGUCUGACAAUGUUACAAAAACCCGAAGUUUAAUAUUAAUAACUGUUUUUCAAUGUAAGAGUUAAAGUUAAAACUGUUUUAACCAAGUUAUCAAACAGUGUAGGAAACAGAGGUUGAACCUUGCAAAAUGGACACAAGUCCGCUUUUAUUUUUUUCUGUUAUAUCAAGGGGUGCUUAUUAUAAGACUAACUUUUUCUGAAAAAACUUCCCCCCGGAACCCCCCUUUUCACCCCUUUAAAGGGAGUAAUUUGUGGUUUUUGCGGAACGUAGCCCUUCCUGUACCUUUUACAAAAUUUUUUUUAUAGAAAUAUGAAGAGGACUAUAUUUUCUACGAUUUAUUUCCCGACAGCAUAUUUCUAUCAUCCCCCGUUUAGCGGGGGUGGUGCCCCAAAGUUGACAAGUUUUUAAAAAAGAUGUUUUUAAAAAAAAUAUAUUUUUCCCUAACUGUAACAGAAAUUAAGAAGAAAUUCUCCGGCAAUUAUUCACAAAUAAGUGACUGAUUUUUGGUAUAGGUAUCACUUAAGGGUAAUUGCCCUAUUUUUAAUUACAGGGUGUUACAUUUUAAAAAACCCCUUUUUAUACCAUCUGAACCGUUUAUGCUAGAGUAAAAAGACUUUCAGCGAUUACCCAUGUACUGGUGCUAUUUACAAAUUUGUAUAAUGCACCCCCAUUUUUUUCGCGGAACCACCCCCCAAAAAAAAAGAAAUAAAGUGAUUUUCUUGGAAUCCUUCACACACAAUGCCCUUUAUUAAUAUGCUUCAUAUAUCAUUUUGUGUACGUUAUUAUUACUCAUGCAUGGAUACCAAAAGCGAUUUCAUAGUACAACCCCUGUAGCCAAAAAAAAAAAAAUAAAAUGGGGGGUUGAAAUUUUUUUUGUUUUUUGCUUUUUGAUCCAUAUGGCCAUAUGCUUCAUCAAUAGUGCUUUUCAAAAAUAUAUAUGGUUAUUGCAACAUCCCUGCGGAAACCACCCCUAUCCUUGAAAAUAUACUGCAGAAACUACCCCUAUCCCUUGGCGAGGAUGUUUUUACGAUUCUCUCAUUACCUAUGCAUUAUUUUUAAACAAAACUUAUAAGGUUAAAGACCACUAUUUACUCUAAAAAUUAGGUCCUAUUCAUUUUUUUCGUAUAAGCAACCGUUACGGCACAGUGGCGCCGUAAACCUCAUAUAUGCUUUGGCGGGCUCCAGUUUUUGUUUUUUUUUUCGUCAUCUGUUAGUUUUAUUGAUGAAGUACUUAUGUAAAAUAAACCAACAGUGUAACCUACAAAUUAUGACCUAUGCACAUUUUACAAUCUUUGCGCCCCAAAGCCACAGUGGUGGCCCAAAAUCAAUUUUUGCAUAUUUUCGCCACCUACACGCAUUUUAUUGCAUUAAUGCUACCUUAAAAGCACAAUAUACCUUAAUAGCGAAUCCAGGAAGGGGUGAUGGGGGUGAUCACCCCUCCCUCUCAAACCAAGUGAUAUUAUAUUUAAAGAUUAUAAAAAUAUUCAUUUAUUUUUAUAGAAAUACUUAUAUUAUAUUAUUAUUUUUAUAAAAAUGGCGUACUUUUUAUGCUUUAGUGAUAGUGGCGGAUUCAGCAUCGUUAAGAGUGGGGUGCCAAUUGGUUAAAUUUCUAUAAAAAUAAAUGAAUAUUUUUAUAUAAUAUCACUUGGUUUGAGAGGGGGGGGGGUGAUCGCCCCCAUCACCUGGAUCCGCUAGUGCUUAGCGACCACUUAAGGGUGAAUAUAGUUCUAUUAAGGUAGCAUUAAGGCAAUAAAAUGCGUGUAGGUGGCGAAAAUAUGCAAAAAUUGAUUUUGGGCCACCACUGUGGCUUUGGGGCGCAAAGAUUGUAAAAUGUGCAUAGGUCAUAAUUUGUAGGUUACACUGUGUUGUUUUAUUUUACAUAAGUACUUUAUCAAUAAAACGAACAGAUGACGAAAAAAAAAAACAAAAACUGGAGCCCGCCAAAGCAUAUAUGAGGUUUACGUCGCCACUGUGCCGUAACGGUUGCUUAAGACCUAAUUUUUAGAGUAAAUAGUGGUCUUUAACCUUGUAUAAGUUUUGUUUAAAAAGAAUGCAUAGGUAAUAAGAAAAUCGUAAAAAUAUGCUCGCCAAGGGAUAGGGGUAGUUUCUGCAGUAUAUUUUCAAGGAUAGGGGUGGUUUCCGCAAGGAUGUUGCAAUAACCAUAUAUAUUUUUGAAAAGCACUACUGAUGAAGCAUAUGCCCAUGUGGAUCAAAAAGCAAAAAACAAAAAAAAAUUUCAACCCCCCAUUUUAUUUAUUUUUUUUGGCUACGGGGGUUGCACUAGGAAAUCGCUUUUGGUGUCCAUGGAUGGGUAAUAAUAACGUGUACAAAAUGAUAUAUGAAGCAUAUUAAUAAAGGGCAUUGUGUGUGAAGGAUUCCAAGAAAAUCACUUUAUUUAUUAAUUCUUCUUUUUUUUGGGGUGGUUCCGGGGAAAAUGGGGGUGCAUUAUACAAAUUUGUAAAUAGCACCAGUACAUGGGUAAUCGCUGAAAGUCUUUUUACUCUAGCAUAAACGGUUCAGAUGGUAUAAAAAGGGGGUUUUUUAAAAUGUAACACCCUGUAAUUAAAAAAAGGGCAAUUACCCUUAAGUGAAACCUAUACCAAAAAUCAAUCAAUUAUUUGUGAAUAAUUGCAGCAGGAUUCAUUCUUAAUUUCCGUUACAGUUAGGGAAAAAUAUAUUUUUUUUAAAACAUCUUUUUUAAAAACUUGUCAACUUUGGGGCGCCACCCCCGCUUAAUGGUGGAUGAUAGACAGAUGCUGUCGGAAAAUAAAUCGUAGAAAAUAUAGUCCUCUUCAUAUUUCUAUAAAAAUUUUUUUUGUAAAAGGUACAGGAAAGGCUACGUUCCGCAAAAACUACAAAUUACCCCCUUUAAAGGGGUGAAAAGAGGGGUUCCGGGGCGAAAUUUUUUCAGAAAAAGUUGGUCUUAUAAUAAGCACCCCUUGAUAUACCAGAAAAAAAAUAAAACCGGACUUGUGUCCAUUUUGCAAGAUUCAACCUUUGUUUCCUACACUAUAAGAAAUCUCCGAUAUUUACAGCGUCGUUUAUAAAGAACAGCUGUUAUUUUACCUUCAAAAUACAUAGAGACUAAAAUUUGUAAAAAUAAUUCAGUAGUAUACACUUUAAUACAACGCUUUAGCCGUUUUCACAUACAUUCUGUACCAGUGUUUCCCAACCUUUUUUAUGCCAUGCCCCACCUUAGCCUCAUUAAUUUUAGGUAAAAUUAUAUUUAUAAAACUUCUAACAGUACGUAUAUAUUUAUCUUGAUUAUAGAUUUACUCCCAAGUUAUUAAGUAAAAGAAAUAUUUGUUGUAGAAUCUGAAGGUAAAGUAACAACAACUAUUUUCAAACCACUCUGUAUAUAAGUAAGACAGUAUUGUCAAAAUGAUCUCUAAGAAAUCCCCUUUGGGAUUCACUAGUAAAUGAACUGUGUUUAUAUUUAUUUAUUUUACAAAAUAACUAAUUUUAUAAAAUUUACAAAGAUCUUUAAUUUAAUAUACAUCUAAGAUUAUUUCAAGACGGGAUAAAAGAUUACUUCUUGCUCAGUCUUCAAACAUUUUGUAAAAAGAGGCAAAUCAAGCAAUUUUAUUUCUUUUUGAUUAAUCACUCACUGUACAUUUUACUAUACACUUUAUUAACCAAGCCUUCUAAUUUUCUUCUAUUCUAUGUCGUUCGAUUUUAUUUUAAAACAAAUAUUAAUAUUUAUAAAAAUCUUAUACUUAAUCUAAACUUAUUUUAUUCUACGAGGCAUAUUUUUAAAGUAAGUAAUAUUUUAAAGAAAACGGAUGGGUUUCUUAACCCGUUCAGUGCCAACACCGACAGUGUGUCGGCACGAGGGUUUCAUCAAGAGUUCCGAUGACGCACGAGUAUCGGCGGUGGUAUUUCGUUACUAAAUGAACCUAUUUACGUGGUAUCAGCCAUCUAGUGUUUGUUGAAAAUGGGCAUCGAACGUGUUAAUGAUCAUUUAUUCUUCAAUGGACAGCCUAAGUCUGACGUCACAAAUGUCACAAAAUUGGGAGGAGCUUAUAUUGACUCCAAACAAUUUUGUUUGUAACGUUAAAUGGUCGUAAGGAAUUUUUCAUUUAUGUGCUUUGUGUGGCAAAAUAAGAUGUGGCAUUUAGAUAUUUCGUUAAAGAAAUAAUUAAGAGAUUUCUAUUCGUUUUUGCUCAGGUGGUUUUUAUUCCUUAGUGGUUGAAAAUAAACAUAACCUCAAAACUGUUUACGUUCUAAUCAUUGCAUUAAAUUUACUUACCUGGACAGAAACGAAUAAAAAUCUAUUAAUUGACACGUUUCUUUAACUAAAUACCUAAAUGAAAAGUCUUAUUUUGUCACACAAACCACGUAAACAAUAAAUUAAAAAUUCCUUAUGAGUGUUUAACAUUAUAAACAAAAUUGUUUGGAGUCACAUAUAAGCUCCUUCCAAUUUUGUGACGUUAAGACUUAGGAUGUUCAUUACUCAUCGAUCGUUUUGUUUGGACUCGACAGCCUCAAAGAUGAAUUUUUCCAUCUUAAAGACACUUUAUUUGGAACAGUUACUCUAAUUCGGUAGUCCACAACCCAUCCAUCGACAAUUUUAAGGCCUCCAGACAUCCAGGGCCUUGAAUUCAGGGUUUAGUCCUCCUGUAUAUGUUGUUUUCCUUCCGUAUGUUCGGUUCAUCAUAGACAUAAUAAGCAAAAUCAUCAAAGAAAGCAUCAAGCCUUCAGCCAUCAAAGAAAGCAUCAAGCCUGAUAUGGCCUUUCCGACCACAUCAAUUGCUCCUCAAAAAAUAAUUAUUUUUGAUUCCGAAAAAGGACGGAACGGUCAGAGGCAUUUUAACCGAUUCCAAAGAAACUUUAACUCAAUCGAAUGGUUUCUUCUUAUAAAUAUCAAUGCUUACUUUAAAAAUAUACCAUAAAUUUUAUACUUGGUUGUUGUACUCUUUGAUAAAGACAAAAGAAUCGUCACAUAGAUAUCACCUAUUGUUUGUUGUUGAACUUUUUAGAUUCCUUUAUACUAUAUUGUCGUUCCUUUUUUCUCUCUUUAUAAUUAUUGUUGGUUUAUUUACCGAGGUGUUCAGUUUAUUAUACUUUAUUGAAGCAUAAAAUAAUCGAUGUGAAUGUUGUUAACCCAAAAAUCGUAUACAUAAACUAACUUAUUUUAAUUUAGGUUAUUUAUAAAUAAAUUAUUUCGAAAGCGUG